AUGCCUCUUCAAAACCUCCCAGUCGAGAUUCUCGAUAAUAUUCUCCGUCUUGUAGGAAGCGAUUCACUCCGAAAACACGAAGCCUGCUGCCUACCAGUAUCUAAGUGGUGGUACGAACUCGCAGAACCCAUUUUGCUGGAGGAACUUGUGCUCUCAGCGCAUCAACUCAAGCGAAUCCCUGAAAACACUAUAAUUAAAUUGCAAAAGUCUCUGCGGCGACUUCAAAUCCAUAUUAAGCCCCUACCAGAGCGACAAGUUGACGAAGAGCUUAUCAAUAGCCUUAACAACGUACUCCCUCGCCUUCUACCGAAAGCUGCACGACUUCAACAAUUUGAUUUCAUCGCAAAUGGCUAUUUCAACCCCGAUAAGCCUCUGGUAUCAUAUAAAAACUAUCUCGGGCCGUGGCCUUUAAUGAAUCUUGUUGAUAUUCUUCCAUUUUAUAUACUUUCCGAUCUUACUAUUGAUACUAUGGGCUCUGGGGUCAAGACUGGAGAGCACAUUUGCCCUCGAAUAGCAUCCAGAAUCCCUUCGCUACGAUCCAUCAAACUAAGGAUGCGUUGCAUCUGCCUCCAAGUUCUUGAGUUCGACCAUCACUCAAAAAUUGAGAAGAUAAUCAUCAAUCUUAGCCUAAAAGAAAACAAUCUCCUCGAAGCAGGAUUCAGUCAUCAUUGCACUGAGCAAAUUCAUGCCUAUGAUCUCAAUGAUGCUAUGGUUGCGGCUGCUACAAAUAUUGCUACAAAAAUUCCUAGCAUCAAGAUGCUAAGGAUAAUGAGUCAUACGCACCCGGGAUUUGAGACGGUAACAACUGAUUGUAUCAACGGUUCUCGAAUGAUUUUGUCUGGUGAUUGGAAAUGA